CAGGGAGGAUCCAUUAUCAGUGUCCAUCGAAUUUCAUCCCGGUGUCAGAGUGUGACGGCUCGGUGACCUCUGAACCCGACACAGAGGUGUGGCUGAUCCGAGCCCCCCCCCCCAGACUUCAGUCCGGAGAGCUUCAACUCUCACCGCUUCCCUCUCCCCGGCUACAAGAUGCAGAAGGUGAAGUCUGACGGCAGGAGGAGAUUCUGUCACGUCAUCUCGUCGCCCUGCUCUGACGCCCCGUUCACACCCUUCCUGUGUCACCCCGAGGGCUGCGGGGCCAGGCUGCUUUGUGUUCCUUCAUUCAAAGGCACCAUGACAGUGGCAGAGGCCCAUGGGGACCCCGACACUCUUCACAGUAUCCCGGACAAGCCCCCCCUGACCAUCCCCCCGGGGCUGAAGCAGAGGUUCCAGCCGUUUGGUUCUCUUCCACCCAGAGCUGCCGGCGGAGGAGACUCGCUGCUAUCGGGGGGAACCGGAGAACGAAGAGAGCGAAGAAACGCAAACGGGAAAAAAAACAGGAAAUUA